AUGCGUUUCACUACCUUUUCAGGCGUAGCUAGCGUCCUCUGUGCUGGCCAACUGACGACGGCCCAUCCUGAUUCUAAGGGUGGAAAUUUGACGCCAUUCAUUCAUCAACAGGGCGAACGGUCGCUGCAGGGCAUCCUCGACAACCUCGGUGGGCGAGGAAAGAAAACAACUGGGACCGCCGCAGGACUUUUCAUCGCCAGUCCUAAUACGGAAAACCCGGACUACUACUAUACAUGGACUCGUGAUUCUGCAUUGACAAUCAAAUGCUUGAUUGACCUGUUUGAAGGGUCCCACGCAAACUUUCCAGUCGACCGCAAAUUCUUGGAAACGGGAAUUCAAGACUACGUGUCGUCCCAGGCAGUUUUGCAGAAUGUCUCCAAUCCCUCCGGAACCCUAAAGGAUGGUUCUGGGCUGGGCGAGCCCAAAUUCGAGAUCAACCUGAACCCCUUUUCGGGUGCAUGGGGUCGGCCUCAGCGGGACGGUCCGGCUUUGCGAGCGACCGCGAUGAUCACAUACGCCAAUUAUUUGAUCGCACAUGGUCAAGAAUCGGAUGUGUCACAGAUCAUGUGGCCAAUUAUUGCCAAUGAUCUGGCAUAUGUUGGCCAAUACUGGAACAACACAGGCUUUGAUCUCUGGGAGGAGGUUGACGGGUCUAGUUUCUUCACGGUCGCUGUCCAACAUCGUGCCCUUGUCCAGGGCUCGCAACUGGCCAAGAAACUCGGGGCAACGUGCGAUGCUUGCGAGUCUCAGGCUCCUCAAAUUCUGUGCUUCCUGCAAACCUUCUGGAACGGGAAAUACAUCACCUCCAACAUCAACACGCAGACAAGUCGCUCGGGCAUCGAUUUGGACUCUGUUCUGGGAAGCAUUCACACCUUCGAUCCUGAAGCGGCCUGCGAUGAUGCGACGUUCCAGCCUUGCUCGGCGCGGGCGCUCGCAAAUCACAAGGUUUACGUCGACUCUUUCCGCUCCAUCUACAAGAUCAAUGCCGGUCUUGUUGAGGGAUCAGCCGCCAAUGUCGGCCGCUACCCGGAGGAUGUCUAUCAAGGUGGCAAUCCAUGGUACCUUGCCACCCUGGGUGCAUCCGAACUACUUUAUGAUGCCCUCUAUCAAUGGCACCGGCUUGGCAAACUCGAGGUUUCUGAGAUCUCACAUUCCUUCUUCAAAGACUUCGAUGCGACCGUGAAGCCCGGCUCGUACCCCAAGAAUAGCAAGACCUACAAGAGCCUCACACGGUCCAUCAAAUCUUACGCAGACAACUUCAUCCAAUUGGUGCAACGCUAUACUCCCUCCAACGGGUCCUUGGCUGAGCAGUACGAUCGCAACACGGGUAUUCCGCUCUCCGCCAAUGAUUUGACCUGGUCUUUUGCAUCUUUUGUGACGGCCAGUCAACGUCGUGAUUCUGCGGUGCCUCCUUCCUGGGGUGCCAAGUCUGCCAACAACGUCCCAACGACAUGUUCGGCCUCCCCUGUUGUGGGAACCUACAAAGCACCCACAGCAACCUUCUCAUCUCAGACCGAAUGCGUGCCGGCAACGGACAUCGUCCCCAUUACUUUCUAUCUGAUUGAAAACACCUACUACGGAGAGAACGUGUUCAUGAGUGGUAAUAUUACCGCGCUGGGUAAUUGGGAUACGAAGAAAGGCUUCCCACUCACGGCCAACCUUUACACGCAAGAUCAGAACCUGUGGUUCGCCAGUGUGGAGUUUAUCCCGGCGGGUACACCAUUCGAGUACAAGUACUACAAGGUUGAGCCAAAUGGCGACAUUACCUGGGAGAAGGGACCCAAGAGGGUAUUUGUCGCUCCCACAGGAUGCCCAGUUCAGCCCCACCGGAACGAUGUGUGGCAGUCUUAA